UUAUGGGGCCUGGGCAACAAGUUUAAACAAGUCAAGAAGUCCUACUCAGAGGCUAACAAACUACUGGGGGAUCUGAUCAAGGUAAGGAGAGAUGAAGGGGAGAGGAAAGAGGGGAAGUUGCUGCCUUCAUUCUCAAUUCUAUAUAGCAUGGAUAUAAGAUGUGCUCUUGUAGAUUUUACUGGGAGCUAACUGUAGGUGUUACACUGGGGAAACUCCAAGCUGACGCUGUCUGAAAAUGACACCAUAGUCUCAAUUGAGUGUACUACUUCUGUGAAGUAUACCAGGGGUUAACUGAGUGGGUGACAAUGCCUGGGACCUUUGUAAUGCAUGUCUUUGUAUUGAUAGUGUUUGCCUCUGUAGUCUGUCUGGGGUCUAGUCUCUGUUUUUGUUUGUUCAAUUUGUUUUCCACCAUCCCUUAAAAAAGGGAGAAUAGGGAGGGGGGAAGCGCUUAGAAAAAGAAGGAGGAGAAGAGGGGUCUAGAAGAGCAUGAGAAGAAUGAGAAGAGAGAGAAGAGAGAACAGGAAGAAGCAGAAGUCGUAGAGAGAAUGAGAAGAGAAGCUCGAAGAGCAAUGGUGCGAAGAGAAGUAGCAAGAAGAGACGAGGAAGAGACGCAGUAAGAGACCGAACAUCGAAAGAUGAAGAAAUAGACAUUCGAAGCUCAUGACGAGAAGAGACUGAUAAUCUCUGUAAUGAUCCUCACUGCUUAUCCUUCUUCCAUCGCCGCCCUCACUCCCAUCUCUUCCUCUAUUUCUCCCAAUUACGGCGAUACUACCAUCUCCCUCUCUCCCCAUUGGCAAUAAAGAUCUAUAAUAGAACACAAGAAAGCAGAAGGAGAGAGAGAGAGAGAGAGAGAGAGAGAGAGAGAGAGGAGAGGGAGGAGAGGAGAGAGAGAGGAGAGGAGAGAGGGAGAGAGAGAGAGAAGAGAGAGAGCGCUUUAAUGUGUUACUGUUAUUUAUCGACUCACCUAACUAUGUUCAAUUGUCACUCAAUUAAAUUAAUCAUUGAACAAUUAACUCAUUAGGAAUUUGGGGCACCACGGAAGAAGUUGUUUAACGAGUUACCAUCUCCCGAGUUAAACUCUUAGAAGAUAACAGUCACUUAUCAAAUAAUUACUUUUGAUCAGUCUCGUUCUGAACGUCACAUAAUCCUUGAACCUGCAAGAACCCUAACCUUAUGGAUGAAUCAGCAAUACACAAAUUGGCUUAAUUAUUUAUUUACUAACUAACUAAAAAAUUACACAAUACAAACACACACAGGUUACUGAUUACUAACGUAAUACAAUGAAAACAGGUCCCUAGUGGACUGGACUAACAAUAGCAUGAAUGCUUGGGUAGAAGGAGGGUCAGAGUGGAAGGGAGAGACAGAGAUUCAAACUAUCGUAGUUACUUUGGAAACUACGCUCACAGUAAUCAUAAUACUUAUGCACCCUUUUUGUUCACUCGGGGAAAAAAGGGUAAACAUGUUUGUGCUCAUCUGGGCGUGGUCACUGACUGAGAACAAAUCAAUAUGGAAAACAAUCAUCUCAUCUAGAAUGCUAAAAUCACAUUAGGUAUUAUUAUACUUAAUCAUUUGUUUUAUACAACCAUUAGAUGCAAACCUCAUAACUGAGAAGUGUACCCCCCCCCCCCCCCCAGAGAUACAGUAAUGUUGUUCCACCAUCUUUAAUGACAUCACAACAUAGUAACGAAUUUGACAUGAUUGUUCUUUAAGUCCCCACCAACCAUUUCCCACAUUCUUUUAAGUAGAAAUAUUGUUUCAUUAUCCACUUUUGGAUGUUGGAGUCUUGGCGGGAAGACUUCCUUGUCUCACAAUGAAAUUCCCUCUCCCAACACUGCAUGACACGGAAAAUAAAGUUUCUGCAAGGAAUUUACGACCGGUCAUAAAACUGGCCCCAGGAAAUGGGGUGCUCAAACCUUUGCCUAGCCGGAAUCUUUGAUCCUCAGCCCAUGAGGGCAAGUCAUGACAGAAGGUAUAGCUGUCUUUACAGAAUUCAUUAUAUAGUAUAGGGCUUUGGUUACUGUUUCAACUAUAGGAUGAUGGGAAUAUGGGGAACUGAUGAGUCACACACACACACACUAAUAUACACACAUACACACACACACACACACAGUAGGGUACCAAGAGCCUCAUCCCAAGAGCUUAGCUUCCUCUAUUACCUAGAUCCCUGAGGUCUCAUCAUUAACCCUGAGGUCCCAUCAUUAACUCUGAGGUUCGUGAUAAUUAACCUGAGGGUCCCAUCAUUAACAAUGAUAGGUCACCAUCAUUAAAAGGAUCGGUCCCAUCACGUAACCUGAGGUCUCAUCAAACCCUGACGGUAUCAUCAUUAUACCUGAUUUUUGGGUUUCCCAUUCAUUAAACAUGGAGGUCUCGGAUCACUUAACAUGAAGUCCCAUUCAUUAAACAUGAUUGGUCCCAUCAUUAAACCUGAGUUCGGAUGCAUUAUCCCCUGAAUCGGGUCCACCAUUCAUUAACCCUAUUUUUUUUCGGUCGGAUAAUUAAACCCUGAUCCUGGUUCAAAUAAUUUAACAUCUAAACGGUCCCAUCAUUAACCUGAUCGGUCCAUCAUUAACCCUGAGGUCCCAUCAUUAACCCUGAGGUCGGAUCAUAAACCAUGACGGUCCCUCAUUCCCCUGGGUCGGAUCAUUAACACCUUGAGUCCCAUUUCAUUAACAUGAUCGGUUCCCAUCAUUAACCCGAGGGUCUAUAUUACCCGACGGGUCCCAUCACUUAACCAUGAGGUACAUCAUAACCUGGAGGUAGGAUAAUAACAAUGAGGCCCAUCAUUAACCCUGAUGGUAGGAUAAUUAACCCUAGGUCCAUUCAUUUAACAACUAAGUCCCAUCAUUAACCCUGAAGGUCCAUUCAUUAACCCUGAGGUGGUCCCAUCAUUAACCAUGAGGUCGAUCCACACCCUGAGGUCCAAUCAUUAACCCUGAGGUCGGUCAUUAACCCUGAGGCCCAUCAUUAACACUGAUGGGGUCCCAUCAUUAACAUGAGGUCUCAUUCAUUAACACUGAGCCCGUCCCUAUCAGUACCCCUGAGGUUCAUCAUAACUCCUGAGGUCCCAUCAUUAAACCACGAGGUCGGAUCAUUAACACGAGGUCAAUAAUUAACCGGGAUGGUCCCAUCAUGAAACCCUGAGUCGGAUCAUUAAACACUGACGGUCCAUCAUUAAACACUGAGGUUCCAUCAUUAACCCUGACGGUUCCCAUCAUUAACCCUGAGGUCAGGAAAUUGUUGUUUUUUUUUUUUUCAUUAACACUGAGGUUCAGAUUCCAUUAACACUGAGGUCCAUGCAUUAACCCUUGAGGUCCCAUCAUUUAACCCUGAGGUUCCAUUAUCAUUAACCCUGAUGGUCCAUAAUGACACACUGAGGUUCCAUCAGUAACUGAGGUCCCACAAUUAACACUGACUGGUCCCAUCAUAACACUGAGGUCAGAUCAUUAACAUGAGGGUCCCAUCAUAACCCUGAGGUCCCAUUCAUGUAACACUGAGGUCGGAUCAUUAACCCUGAGGUCCCAUCAUUAAAUGAGGUUCCAUCAUUAAACCUGACGGUCCCAUCAUUACUGAGGUCAGAUUCAUAAACACUGAGGUCGGAUCAUAACACGGAGGUCGGAUUCAUAACACUGCGGUCCCAUCAUAACCUGAGGUCCAUCAUUAACCCUGAGGUCCCAUCCAUUAAACCAUGAGGUCCAUCAUUAACAUGAGGUCCCAUCAAUAACCUGAGGGUCCCAUCAAUUAAACCUACCCCCCCCCCUCCCUCCCCCCUUUCCUUUCUCCCCCUUCCGAUUUUUUUUUCCCCCCCCCCCUGUUUUUUGCGAUCCAUUAGAAACACAGCUGAGCGGGACCCCUCUCCCCCUCCUUCCCUUUGCCGUCUAGGUCAUUCUAAUUUGCUACAACCUGAUUCCUUCCGGCGCAUCCCUUUCUCUUUCCCUCUCUGUUUGGGGGUCCGACCAUGCAGUGAUGUCCGUGGAUUCUGCUGCGCCGGGGCCCGAUUACAUGACUGGUCGAUGUUUUACUUUGCCUUGAUCUUUUGUUGUCUGAGUCAAGCUCACCAUGUAUUUAGCUUGUCGUCGCGGUCUUGUCGUCCGGUUUCUCGGCGUUUACUUAGGUCUAUGCCUUCCCCCUCUUUCUUCCCCCUCCCCCUCCCCUUUUUUUUUUUCUCUCUGGUUCCGCUACGUCAUAAUAGAGUCCGACUCGGCUCCAGCGAGUGAGGUCAUCAACCUUGCUACCCCCUCCUCCCUUUUCUUUCCCCCCCCCCUCUCCUCUUUUUUUCUCAUCUCCCCCCCCGGUCCCAUUCCCCCCUCAUUAUUAUUUACCAUUUAUUCCUGAUUGGUCCAUCAUUAACACUGAGGUCCCAUCAUUAACACUGAGGUCGCAUCAUUAACCCUGAGGUCGGAUCAUUAACCCUGAGGUCCCAUCAUUAUCCCUGAGGUCCUAUAAUUAUCCCUGAGGUCCCAUCAUUAACCCUGAGGUCGGAUCAUUACCACUGAGGUCCCAUCAUUAACACUGAGGUCCCAUCAUUAACACUGAGGUUCCAUCAUUAACCCUGAGGUCCCAUCAUUAACCCUGAGGUCGGAUCAUUACCACUGAGGUCCCAUCAUUAACACUGAGGUCCCAUCAUUAACCCUGAGGUCCCAUCAUUAACCCUGAGGUCCCAUCAUUAACCCUGAGGUCCCAUCAUUAACCCUGAGGGUCCAUCAUUAACACUGAGGUCCCAUCAUUAACACUGAGGUCCCAUAGGACUUAGCACUGAAUAACUGAAUUGAGGCUUUGGGUGCGUGUGGGUGUGUGCGCGUGUGGGUGUGUGCGUGUGGGUGUGUGCGUGUGGGUGUGUGCAUGUGGGUGUGUGCAUGUGGGUGUGUGUGUGGGUGUGCAUGUGGGUGUGUGCGUGGGUGUGCGUGUGUUUGAAUGAACAAGUUUUUAGUUCAAAAGUUGUUGUUUUAACUCUGUCUCUCUCUCUCUCUCCUCCUCCAUCUCUCUCUCUCUCUAGGUGACUCCCAGUUCUAAGAUCGUAGGAGACCUGGCUCAGUUCAUGGUCCAGAACAACCUGACGAGAGCGGAGGUAUGUAUCAUGUGUACCUCUGUCUAGUAUUCACUAUUAUAUUUUUGUCUGUUUAUUGUUCCCAGCACCAUUCUACCAUUCCUGGUACAUGUAAAUGGUACAGGUGAAUGAAGGUGAUUGUGGUUAUGGUUGUGCUUGUGGUUGUGGUUGUGAUUGUGAUUGUGAUUGUGCUUGGGGUUGCAAUUGUGGUUGUGAUUGCGGUUGUGAUUGUGGUUCUGGAUGUGGUUGUUGUUGUGAUUGUGGUUGUUGUUGUGAUUGUGGUUCUGGCUGUGGUUGUGGUUGUAAUUGUGGUUCUGGUUGUGGUUCUGAUUGUGGUUCUGGUUGUGGUUGUAAUUGUGGUUGUGGUUGUGAUUGUGGUUCUGGUUGUAAUUGUGGUUCUGAUUGUGGUUCUGGUUGUAAUUGUGAUUGUGGUUGUGGAUCUGGUUGUGAUUGUGGUUGUGGUUGUGGUUGUGAUUGUGGUUCUGAUUGUGGUUGUGAUUGUGGUUCUGGUUGUUGUGGUUUUGAUUGUGGUUGUGAUUGUGGUUCUGAUUGUGGUUCUGGUUGUGGUUGUAAUUGUGGUUGUGGUUGUGAUUGUGGUUCUGUUUGUAACUGUGGUUGUGAUUGUGUUUCUGGUUGCAAUUGUGAUUGUGGUUGUGGUUCUGGUUGUGGUUGUGAUUGUGAUUGUGGUUCUGAUUGUGGUUCAGGUUGUGGUUGUAAUUGUGGUUGUGAUUGUGGUUGUGGUUGUGGUUGUAAUUGUGAUUGUGGUUCUGGUUGUAAUUGUGGUUGUGGUUGUGAUUGUGAUUGUGAUUGUGGUUGUGGUUGUGGUUGUAAUUGUGGUUGUGGUUGUGGUUCUGGUUGUGGAUCUGGUGCUGGUUGUGGUUCUGAUUGUGGUUCUGGUUGUGGUUGUGAUUGUGGUUCUGGUUGUUGUGGUUUGAUUGUGGUUGUGAUUGUGGUUCUGGUUGUAAUUGUGAUUGUGGUUCUGGUUGUGGUUGUGAUUGUGGUUCUGAUUGUGGUUCUGGUUGUGGUUGUGGUUCUGGUUGUGGUUGUGAUUGUGGUUCUGAUUGUGGUUGUGGUUGUGAUUGUGGUUCUGGUUGUUGUGGUUUUGAUUGUGGUUGUGAUUGUGGUUCUGAUUGUGGUUCUGGUUGUGGUUGUAAUUGUGGUUGUUUUUCUGGUUGUGGUUGUGAUUGUGGUUCUGGUUGUAAUUGUGGUUGUGAUUGUGGUUCUGGUUGUAAUUGUGAUUGUGGUUGUGGUUCUCGUUGUGGUUCUGAUUGUGGUUCUGAUUGUGGUUCUGGUUGUGGUUGUAAUUGUGGUUGUUGUUGUGGUUCUGGUUGUAAUUGUGGUUCUGGUUGUGGUUGUAAUUGUUGUUCUGGUUGUGGUUCUGGUUGUGGUUGAAAUUGUGAUUGUGGUUGUUGUUGUGGUUCUGGUUCUGGUUCUGAUUCUGGUUGUUAUUGUGGUUCUGGUUGCUGUGGUUUUGAUUGUGGUUGUGGUUGUAAUUGUGGUUGUGGUUGUGGUUGUGAUUGUGGUUGUGGUUGUUGUUGUUGUGGUUGUGAUUAUGGUUGUGGUUGUGGUUGUGAUUAUGGUUGUGGUUGUUGUGGUUGUGGUUGUGAUUGUGGUUGUGGUUGUGGUUGUGGUUGAAAUUGUGGUUGUUGUGGUUGUGGUUGUGAUUAUGGUUGUGGUUGUAGUUGUGGUUGUGGUUGUGGUUGUGGUUCUGGUUGUGGUUCUGGUUCUGGUUGUGGAUGUGAUUGUGGUUCUGAUUGUGGUUGUGGUUGUGGUUGUGAUUGUGGUUCUGGUUGUUGUGGUUUUGAUUGUGGUUUUGAUUGUGAUUCUGGUUGUAAUUGUGAUUGUGGUUCUGGUUGUGGUUGUGAUUGUGGUUGUGAUUGUGGUUCUGGUUGUGGUUGUGGUUCUGGUUGUGGUUGUGAUUGUGGUUCUGAUUGUGGUUGUGAUUGUGGUUCUGGUUGUUGUGGUUUUGAUUGUGGUUGUGAUUGUGGUUCUGAUUGUGGUUCUGGUUGUGGUUGUAAUUGUGGUUGUGGUUCAGGUUGUGGUUGUGAAUGUGGUUCUGAUUGUGGUUGUAAUUGUGGUUUGGUUGUGAUUGUGAUUGUGGUUCUGGUUGUAAUUGUGGUUGUGGUUCUGGUUGUAAUUGUGGUUCUGGUUGUGGUUGUGGUUGUAAUUGUGGUUGUGGUUGUGGUUGUGAUUGUGGUUGUUGUUGUGGUUCUGGUUCUGGUUCUGGUUGUGAUUGUGGUUCUGGUUGUUGUGGUUUUAAUUGUGGUUGUGGUUGUAAUUGUGAUUGUGGUUGUGGUUGUGGUUGUGAUUGUAGUUGUAGUUGUGGUUGUGAUUGUAAUUGUGGUUGUGGUUGUGGUUGUGGUUGUGGUUGUGAUUGUGGUUGUUGUGGUUGUGAUUAUGGUUGUGGUUGUGGUUGUGGUUGUGGUUGUGAUUUUGGUUGUGAUUGUGGUUGUGUUUGUGGUUGAGACUGUGGUUGUUGUGGUUGUGGUUGUGGUUGUGUUUGGUUUGUGGUUGUGGUUUGGUUGUGUUUGGUUGUGGUUGUGUUAUGGUUGUGGUGUGUUGUGGUUGUGAUUGUGGUUGUGUUGUGGUGUGGUGUGGUUUGGUUGUGGUUGUGAAAUCGGUUUGGGUUGUGGUUGUGUUAUGGUUGUGGUUGUGUUGUGGUUGUGGUUUGGUUGUGGUUGUGGUUGUGUUUGGUUGUGUUUGUGGUUGUGGUUAUGGUUGUGGUUGUGGUGGUGGUUGUGAUUAUGGUUGUGGUUGUGGUUGUGGUUGUGGUUGUGAUUAUGGUUGUGGUUGUGUUGUGGUUGUGGUUGUGGUUGUGAUUUGGUUGUGUUGUGGUUGUGGUUGUGAUUGUGGUUGUGAUUAUGGUUGUGGUUGUGGUUGUGGUUGUGGUUGUGGUUCUGGUUCUGGUUGUGGUUCUGGUUGUGGAUGUGAUUGUGGUUCUGAUUAUGGUUUUGUGGUUGUGGUUGUGAUUUUGCUUCUGGUUGUUGUGGUUUUGAUUGUGGUUGUGAUUGUGGUUCUGGUUGUAAUUGUGAUUGUGGUUGUGGUUGUGGUUCUGGUUCUGGUUCUGGUUGUGGUUCUGAUUGUGGUUCUGGUUGUGGUUGUAAUUGUGGUUGUGGUUGUGGUUGUAAUUGUGGUUGUGAUUGUGGUUCUGGUUGUAAUUGUGAUUGUGGUUGUGGUUCUGGUUGUGGUUGUGAUUGUGGUUCUGAUUGUGGUUCUGGUUGUGUUUGUAAUUGUGGUUGUGGUUGUGAUUGUGGUUCUGGUUGUAAUUGUGGUUUUGAUUGUGGUUCUGGUUGUAAUUGUGGUUUAUUUGUGGUUCUGGUUGUAAUUGUGAUUGUUUUUGUGGUUGUGGUUGUGGUUGUGAUUGUGGUUCUGGUUGUGGUUGUAAUUGUGGUUGUGGUUGUGAUUGUGGUUCUGGUUGUGAUUAUGACUGUGAUUAUGGUUGUGGUUGUGGUUGUGGUUGUGAUUAUGGUUGUGUUUGUGGUUGUGGUUGUGAUUAUGGUUGUGGUUGUGGUUGUGGUUGUGGUUGUGAUUAUGGUUGUGAUUAUGGUUGUGGUUGUGAUUGUGAUUGUGGUUGUGAUUGUGGUUGUGGUUGUGGUUGUGAUUGUGGUUGUGAUUGUGAUUGUGAUUGUGGUUGUGGUUUUGGUUGUGGUUUUGGUUGUGAUUGUUAUUGUGGUUGUGGUUGUGGUUGUGGUUGUGGUUGUGGUUGUGGUUGUGGUUUUGGUUGUGAUUGUGAUUGUGAUUGAGAUUGUGGUUGUGGUUGUGCUUCAGGUGGAGGAGAGAGCUGCUGAGCUGUCCUUCCCUCUGUCCGUGGUGGAGUUCCUACAAGGACACAUUGGGAUUCCGCACGGAGGCUUCCCCGAGCCAUUCAGGACUAAG